GCCAUUAUUAUUUUUCGAGUUUCAUCCACAGCCACAGUGCAAAUUACGGCCGCACGUUAAUAAAUUAUAAUAUCUAACAAUAACAAUGCUAAAAUAAAGUUAAAACUUAGCUUUAUACGUUCAUCAACUUAAUUUAAGUGUUAAAGUAGUUCUAAAGUGUCCUUUAAGUCGCCAAAAAAUAAAAUACAAAUAGGAGUCUCAAGGCACGCAACUAAAAAGAGGUCGUCUUCGCUGUUCUUGUUAUUGUCAUAAUCGCCUGCUGCUGUUGUUAUUUUGUUGUCAGCAAUAAAUUGAAAUACAAUCACACACAUUGGGCAUUUCGCCUGCACGCCUAAUGUACGUUCUGAUUGCUGCAUUUGCCCUGCUGCAUACGAACUAGGAAUACGAAAAUACAUUCGCCAGCGCGAAGAAGCAGAAGUGGAGACACUAAGCUGCACAACGCCAACAACAACAACAACAACAUCAGCAGCAGCAGCAGCAGCAGAAGUAGCGCAGUCUGGAGCAUCAUGCAGCAUCAUGUGCAUGCAGCGAGAACAGCGCCACAUUUGCGCGCGGCACAUCAUCACGGUCACAUUGCGCUGCCACCGCAUCCCGGCAUGGAGCCACAUCUGGGCACACUGGCGGCAGCGGCGUCCCUAGCCACACAGCAGCAGCAGCAACAGGCGCCGCCGCCACCGCAACGUGAUCACGGACGAAAACCGUUCAAUUUGACUUACACUUGCAGCCUGAAUCAUCAUCAUCAUCAACAACAGCAACAUCACCCGCAGCAGCAGCAGCAGCAUCCACAAUCGAAUGCCGCGUAUCACAACAACAGCAGCAACAACGACAACAACAGCAACAAUAACAAUCAAAUGCAAAAGAUACGACAGCAACAUCAGCAUCUCAACAGCAACAGCAAUGGCCAUUUAACAAAAUGUAAUCAAGCGCCGCCACCACCACCGCAGGCCUACAAUCAUCUGGCUGGGAAUCCGGCAGCGCUCAGUUACGGCCAGCUGCCACAUCAUAUGACACAUCUGGGCAGCUAUGCGGCACAGCCGCCGCCGCCAGCGGUGCUAAGCGGCGGCAAGCAGCAGCAUUACUAUCUGGGCAGUGGCAAGCCUUCCAAGUACAACAACAACAACAACAACAACAACAGCGGAAGCAGCGGCAGCUAUUCGCACGCAUCCAAGACCAUUCUACAGAACACCUACCGUCACGCCAAGAGUAAUGGCCAAUUGCCUGUCGCAGCUACGGAGGCGCCUGUAGUUGCCGGAGCGACAGCAGCAACAGCAGCUGCCGCAGCGGAACAUGCUCUGCCCAGCACAUUGCGGAUUUUGGGCAACUGCAGGAGCAGCAAUGGCGAUAGCAUAGUCAUUGCCAGCAAUGAAGCGUCUGAGCUGCCGCCUGCCGAGUCGCCUGAUAACUGUGAGCCAGUGAAAGAGGCAACGUUAACGCAGGACGAGGACUGCACAAGCAGCGCAGAGCAAUUGGAUGCCGCCGGCACGCUGUCCAAUGAAGAUGGCAGCGCGGCGCGCGGCUCCAAAGACAAGACGCCCAUGUGUCUGGUCAACGAGUUGGCCAGGUACAAUAAGAUCACACAUCAAUAUCGCUUGACGGGCGAGCGCGGUCCGGCGCAUUGCAAGACCUUUACUGUUACUUUGAAGCUGGGCGAGGAGGAGUAUUCAGCAGAUGGUUUCAAAAUCAAGAAGGCGCAACAUUUGGCCGCUUCGAAGGCCAUCGAAGAGACCAAAUACAAGCAUCCGCCGCCAAAGAUACGUCGAAACGAAGAGGGCAGCUCAACGCGCACGCACAUUACGCCCACCGUUGAGCUAAAUGCGCUGGCCAUGAAGCUGGGCCAGCGCACCUACUAUCUGCUGGAUCCAACACAGAUGCCGCCUGCAGAUGCCAUGCUGCCUCCUGAAUAUGCUACACCGUUGCUGCCAACACCAGCGGCUGGCUUGCCGCCGCCACCGCCGCCGCCUUAUGCAUUGCGCCGCAAUGCCAAUGGUGGUUAUGUAUUGCCGCCUCCGACCAUGCAUCCGCAUCAUCAUGUGGCGAUACAGACACAGCGCGGCAUCUAUGGUCAUCAGCGACCGUUUGCGCCGAAAUAUCAAUCGCGGUAUGCACUGGCGCCAGCGCUGGGACCGCAUAUGCUGGCCGGACCGCAUGGACCCUAUGCGGCCGCACUGCCCGUCACACCCAGCAAGAUAACCUUGUUUGUGGGCAAGCAAAAGUUCGUGGGUGUUGGACGCACACUGCAGCAGGCCAAACACGAUGCGGCGGCACGUGCGCUGCAGGUGCUCAAGACGCAGUCGAAUAGCUCAGCCGACGAGGCGCUGGACGACUCUAUGGAUGAGGGUGACAAGAAGUCGCCCAUAUCGCAGGUGCAUGAGAUUGGCAUCAAGCGCAACAUGACGGUGCAUUUCAAGGUGCUGCGCGAGGAGGGACCAGCGCACAUGAAGAACUUUAUCACUGCGUGCAUUGUCGGUUCGAUUGUGACCGAGGGUGAGGGCAAUGGCAAGAAGCUGUCCAAGAAACGUGCUGCCGAAAAGAUGCUAUCCGAGCUGCAGAAAUUGCCGCCUCUCACGCCGACCAAACAGACACCUAUGAAGCGCAUCAAAGUGAAGACGCCUGGCAAAGGUAGUGCAUCGGCAGCUGUCACAGGCAUGUCAGCUGCCGGCACCGUCACGCCGCUGGGCAAGCCGGAGCGACGCAAGCGUCUCAGUGCGCCUUUGAAGGAGAAGACCAUUUUGGAGCUAGAUGAUGCCGAGAAUCCCAUCACGAAACUCAUUCAAUUACAGCAAACGCGCAAGGAAAAGGAGCCCAUCUUCGAGCUAAUUGCCAAGAACGGCAACGAGACGUCCAGGCGGCGUGAGUUCGUCAUGGAGGUAUCCGCCAGCGGCAGCAUAGCGCGCGGCACUGGUAACAGCAAAAAGCUGGCCAAACGCAAUGCAGCACAGGCCCUGCUCGAACUGCUGGAAACAACGGAGCAAAACGGCGGCGACUCGGAACAUGCCUUGGAACACAAUUUGCCUGCUGCUACAGCUGUGUCUUUAGGCGGGCUAACUAUAGAGUCAACUGGCGGACUCGAUGUGCCUAUGGUCUCGACGCCUGCAGGUCCUGUGCCCGGUAUUUUAAUACUGCGUCAAAAUAAAAAACCAGCGAAGAAAAAGGAUGCGGGGGUUAAAGCCAAUGUAGAGCCAGCUAAGGAAAAGGAAGCCAAAAAAGAAGCUAUAAUCACAGCAACCGUAACAGAGGGAAAAAGUAGCCGCAACAGCAGCAGCAACAACGAGUCCAAUGCUCAUGAGGCGGCCAACGAGAGCAGCCUAAACACCUCCACGGGCAGCAACACAAGCGGCGUCAGCAGUAACAGUAGCAACGCGCCCGCCAGCAGUAGCGGCAACAAUGCCAGUGGCGGUGGUGAUGGUAGCAGCAGCAGUGCUGGUGGCGGCGGUGCUAGUGGUGGCGGCGGUAGCGGCGGCGGUGGUGGUGUGCAUAUGAAAGAACAGCUGAUAUAUCUCAGUAAAUUGUUGGAUUUCGAGGUCAACUUUUCGGACUAUCCCAAGGGUAAUCACAAUGAGUUUCUUACGAUAGUCACGCUCUCCACAACACCGCCGCAGAUCUGUCAUGGCGUUGGCAAAAGCUGUGAGGAGUCGCAAAAUGCCGCGGCGCGCAAUGCUCUAAAAAUUUUAAGCGAACUGGGCCUAAACAAUGCCAAGAAAUAAUAAGCCAAACUAAUUAACUGCAAUUUAUAUAUAUUUUUUUGUUGUUGUGCAUUGCAAAAGUAAAUGAAAAAGCAAAAAACACCCGUCCACAAAUCAAACUAAAGAAAAAAGAAGAAAGAAAGAAAGAAAUAAUGAAAACUAGAAGCUGUGUGCAAAUUGAAAAUAUUCAAGAAACAAUGCAAGAAACAGUAAUUUUUGAAAUAGCAAAUUAUUAGUUAAUACCUAUUUAUUUAUUUAUGUGCAAGUGUGCGCAAUGUGCAUUGUUGAUUUGCAUUUUUGUGUUAACUGCUGUUAUUAUUUUAAUUUAUUUGUUGUUGAAAUUAAUUAUUGAAAUGAAUUGAACAGAGCCCAGAGCCAAGUCAACUAAAACAAAAAUAUAAACAUAAGCAAUAGAAUAAAUUAAAAGCCUUAUGGCAGCAAGAGAAAAGUUGAAAAA